CAUUCAUCAGUGAUCACAGACUCACAAACCUUCUGAUUUUCAUUCACGCGCUCUGAAAGGCGAUUGGAUCGCUGCCCUUCCUCUAAUACUCAUCGAUAAAAUUAAUCAUACAAGACAAAAUGCACCCGUCACCGUUCACUGCUUCGGAGACGCCGGUGAAUGAAUCUUUGGAAUCCACCUCUCCAAUUAGGUACAGCUUUGGCAAGUUAUUCUAUAGUUUUCCUCUAAACACCAGCUCAAGAAUCGUCAAGUCCCAGAUCGAAAUAUGGAACUAAUUGGGUCCCAAGUCACGAGCUUUCCCUGAUUCAGGCAACCCCAAGAAGUUGGCCUUGGUGGUCAAAAUCUGCGACUGAAGGAUUGCUUCCUCCUAAAGUCUCGAGUUUGUAACCUCGUAGGUGCUAUCAACUCUUCAGGGUCAGUCCAUUCGGAGCUUUGCCUAGGCUUUAAUUGGACGCCCUGAUGGAGGACAGAGGGAUUGGUUCCGUAGGAUUAGUCGAGGUGAGGUGCGAGUAAGUUGGUACGGACACCUGAGUUAUCCGCAAAAAAAAAAAAAAGUUCCAGUUUAGGCCACAGAAUCAUAGGAAACAUCUGUUAUUUGGGUAUAGAUGAUCCGUGUUGAGUCUUGGUCCUUGUGUGCAAGAGUAGGCAAUGGCCCAAUAUAAAUGUCUGGUGGGUUGUUUGUUGCUUCAUCAUCUCUAUAUCAAUCAGCAAAGCAAUUGUAAGGCUGUAUUUGGAUUUUUGUUGGGGGUUUGCAAAGGGAAAAGAAACUCUGAUGGAUUGGACUUCGUUUUGUUCUCCUACGUGAUGAAGUAGAAUCCCUUUCCUUUUUUCCCCUUCACAAAUUCCACAAAUACAAGAUCCAUACACAACCUCGACGUUGAAGGAAUUUGCUUGUCACAACCUAAGGAGGAAAAAUGCUUUUGGAAAAAAUUAAUGUUAAGUCCUACACUACUGUUGGAUUCAUGUUCUCACAGUAUGACUGUGUUUUGCGUUUGUGGUCUAUGAACAAAAAAGUUAUAAGUCAGGUCAAGUUUCAAGUAUUGUAAAAUGUGCUAGGCUUACUUCCAGUGAUUGAAUAGCGUUGCCAAUUUGUAAAAAGCGUAAAGGUAGAAAAUGGAAGCACGUCCUGCAUUUUUAUCUAUUCAGAGAUCAAGUGGAGGAGAACUCAGCAACCAUGGAGCUUCGGGGGCUCUCUCAUCAUCCUUACCUGUUCUUCGCUCUGGUUUAGAAGAGAAAUAUCCUAAGUUGCCGGACUCUCAACAGGUUUCUGUGGAGAGGGAGCUUAAUUCAACUUCUAUUGCUCUUCAUUCUUCUUUACCCUCCAACAGUGGCGUUGUUGGUCCUUUGUUUUCAUCAACUUCAGGAUUUUCCAGCGAUCUCCAAUUUUCUUCUUCUGCCCCUCCUGAAAAGCAUUCCAGAAAUUCUCCCUUUAUUUCUCAGUUAUCAAAUAGUGGGUCAUCAAUGACAUUAACUCAUUGUGAUUCAAGAAUGCUCCAAUCUACAACAUCGAGCGACAAUGGUUCCUUUUGUCCUGAUUCAUUACCGAGUAUUGUCAAUUAUCCUGCUAAUACUCCUGCCCGGAACGGUCAAAUAGGAAGCAACAAUGAUGGUGGUUGUGACCCGGCAACUGAAGACAUUAGUAGCCGAAAAGAAUGGCAGGAUUGGCUGCUAAUCAAUGAUGAUGAUUCCUUUACAUCUAGUUGGAAUGAUUUUUUUAGUGAUAACAAUGUGGAAGCUUCAGAGCCGAAGAUGGAGUAUCAGGUGGCAAAACCAACAAAUGUUUCGGCACCACAGCCCCCCCUAGUACUCCAUCAGAUUCCUGUUCCAUCUGGAGAGUCUAGUGGUGUUGUUAACUCCCCAUCCUCAGCAAAUGGUGUGCCGACCAAACCACGGAUGCGUUGGACACCAGAACUUCAUGAGGCAUUUGUUGAAGCAGUCAAUAAGCUUGGUGGCGGUGAUAAAGCUACUCCUAAAGGUGUAUUAAAGUUAAUGAAAGUCGAAGGUUUGACAAUCUACCACGUGAAGAGCCACCUGCAGAAGUAUAGAACAGCCAGAUAUAGACCAGAGUCAUCAGACGGAUCCUUGGAGAAGAAGUUGACUCCCAUUGAGGAAUUGGCAUCUCUGGACUUGAAAACGGGUAUUGAGCUCACUGAAGCAUUACGAUUGCAGAUGGACGUCCAGAAGCGCCUGCAUGAACAGUUAGAGAUUCAACGGAAUCUACAGCUGCAAAUAGAAGAGCAAGGGAAGUACCUCCAGAUGAUGUUUGAGAAACAAUACAAAUCGGUUGAUGUACUUAAGAAGACCUCAUCCGUAGAAAGCCCUUCUGGUGAGACGAAGGAUGUGACCCCGAAUUCCCCUGCAAAAAAUGAGUCAGGAAUCUCAAAGUUGGACCAUGAAGAAAGUGAAGAUGCCGGAGUUGAUGCCACCGUCACCAUUGCACCCGUGCAAGUUUCCAGGAAUUCGGGUGAGAAACAAAAGCUGUCAGAAAGUGAAGUUUCUGAGGAUGUUGAGGCACAUGAACUUGUGGGGUCUAGUUCCCAGCCCGCAAAGCGUGCGAAAUCAGUGCAGUUAUCCUGAACAGAACCGAAGGAAGAAGUUGGUUGGCACUUAAGAACCAUCAAGUGGAGGAGAUUGGGAUAGGAUUCAGAGAGAAAUUUGGAACAAGAUUGUUUCAAAAACUGCGUAAGCCCUUGACAAUACGGGUAGGUGUCCGAGACUACAGUAGAGAUUUGGGUAUCAUCAACUGCUUGUCCGGACUGCUAUCUGAAAGUUGGAAAGUCGUCGUUGUUGGGGGAGGUGUUCGUUUGGUGAUGUGAAUGUUUUUGAACUCUUAUUUUCCCUUUAUUCUGUUGUUAGGAAUGAUAUUUUUGUAUGGGAAUUUUGGAAACUUCUUCCAUGGUACGUAGGUAGUUGGCUGUGAAGGAUUCUGUGACUGGAAAGUGCAAGCCACGCAAUGUAGGCCUGCUGUUGUAUUCUAGCAUUUGGAGGUGUACUUGCUGAGAUUUUUGUUUAUAGUAGUUCUAAUUUCUCCUGAAAUAAUUGAUCAAAAUUGGGAAGAUUUGUCAUGA